UUCACAUCACACCUAUUAUUGCAUGCCAAUAUGAGUCAGUUCUUGAUUAUUAACAGCAAAGUGUAUAAACCUCAUGAUUUAUGUUAUGUAAUUUUCUAAAACAGAACCAGACAGUUUAUCCGAAGUUAUUUCAUCAUAUCAUAUAGAUGUGGUUGUGGUGCUGUUGCCAAACAGCUUUUAAGUGCAUUACUGCCACCUUCUCGCAGUAGUGAAUUACUUACAACCUGGUGUCUUAUAGUCCAAUGAGAUAAAAAGGCAUUUCCAUGUAUAAGGUGCAUCCGAGUAUUAGUUGCAGGGAUGCAGGAAUUUUACAAAAUUACUGUAUCAACUGCGGUUAAUAGUUGGGAAAUUACAGUAAGUGUUUUGGAUCUCAGUUUCAGCUAAAUUCAACUUGCCAAAUGAACCUGAUGUAAACCUGCAGGACUCCUCAGGAGUUGAUGUAGAUGCUGACAUUUUUGAUGAGUUAUUGAGAUCUGCUGCAGUAUCUUUCAAGGUGUCUAAUGAGUACUCUGCUGAGAAAGAGGUCUCUGAGGCCUCCUUCUGCUCAGAUGAGGGGUCAUUCUCACCCAUUGAGUCUUUGAGGUCAUUCUCAUCAGUUGAGUCUGUGAGUUCAGGCUCCACUGUAAUUACAGAAUGCACCAAAGCACGGAAAAGGCAACUGGUAGAAGGACCACCUGACAGUAAGGCAGCAAAAGAUAUGGUCUAUGUAGCUCUACAUCAAAAAACCGGGGGUGAAGACAUAUUCAAAGAGUACAAUGCGACCAAAGGCCUUUCUGAUCGAACAAGAAGGAAACUCGAGAGAGAUAUGAUUGAGAGUCAUGGGUAAGUUAAAGACGCUGUGUAAAAUGUUGAUUAAAACAGAAUGCUAUUAUUUACAAAUUAUGUUAAGAGGAAAAGGUUUAUUGUUUUUUGGAAAAUAUAUUUAAUUUUGAAUUUGAUGCCAACAACACGUCUCAAAAAAGAUGGGACAUGGGCUUUUUUUCUGGAUUCUCUGAAUAUUUUCAUGAUAUUAUGUACUGUAGAUGAUGAAAUCCCCUAAACUUCUUCUCAAGUUCAUGUUAAACAUUCUUAUAUUGUUUCAUUAUUUGACCACACAAAAGGUUAACCUUUACCUCCAGAUCUGCACUUCUGAUAGACUUAGAUGCUUUUUUUAAUACUCAAUCAUGAUGCCAGUUAACCUAGUUGUGAAAUGUUCCUCCUUUUGUUGUCUAUGUUAACACAACUUCAUCAACCAAAUCAAAAUGUGCUUAUUUUUUCCAUGAAAUAUUCAAAUUUGUAUUUGUCAACAUUUAUGUCCUUUUUGCAGCAACCUUUUAGGAAUUGGGGUUGUAUAGUCUACUUCAUAACUGAAAUACUUGUCAAAAUAUCCAUUCUCUGUUCUUAAGCUUUUACACCAGCCAUGUUAAUUUAUUUGAACUACAUUUCAAACCGACCCUAUCUUGCUAUGGUGUAGAGGGUCCCACCAAUCAAUGUCCGCGUGACCUAUGCCCUUGGAAUAGUCACCCUUUUCCCCAAUUUGAAGGACACGGCUUCACCAACUGGUUAUGAACAUUACUACGAUCCUCACAGUGGCCAAGGUUACCUGGCUUACAGAUUGAAAACGGUUCAGCGCAAUACCACAAGUGACUUCAAGAGGACCUCCAAGUCUGCUGAACAACGUGGCCCUAAGACCCUGCGUGAGACAUCAACAUCUGAGCAGCUGUCAGGUGAUGAAUGCAGAGAAGCGAUGUCAGCGAUGUCAGUGAUGAAGCAUUCAGCGGACCAACCAGUCAUUAAGGAGAAAAUGAAGGCAACCUUCAAGCACCGUCAGAGUAUGCUACAUGUUCCAGACCAGUCUUCAGGCAUCCUAGAUGACUUCCCCCGAUUCUUGGAUACACCAGGCUUGAUUAACCAAGACUUCACAAUGCUAUUUGGAGAAGACGUCUCGGGCAAGUUUAUUGCAAAAUGGCCAACGUUCUACAAACCUAGGAUUAUCACUGUCUGCAAAGGCCUUCGCCCUGGUACUCAUGUGGAUGACCUUCUGUCUGCUCAAGAAGAAUCAAAUGAUUAUGGUUGGGACAGUGACUUGGCAGCUAUCCUCCUGCUCGUUCAUCUCUUGCCUCCAACCGCAAAAGGACAAAGACAUGGGAAAAUCAGUGCCACUGAAGCUAAUGACCAUGUGGUCAAGUUCAUGAAGGUGGGGACAAGCAUGGUGACAGUCCUUGAAAGAGUUGGAUCAGCACAGCCCUUCCUCAUCUGUGUUGGACAAAAGAAGAGUAGUAUCCAGAAGUUUUACGUCAUCCUCGAUCAGAAGGCCAUUCCCUGCGUGGCGCAGACAGCUGUGGCUGCCUUCGACAAACUGUUUAAGGCCCACUUCGUCUUUGCUGUAUCCUACGAUGAGUCCUUGUGCAACUUCUACACCUUCAUUCAGACUACAGUGUAUGGGAUUGACGUCGGCACUACAAAAGAGAGUCCACGGGUCAAGGAAAUCCGGGCAAAAGUAGAUCAUAUUGAGGUUUGAAGAUGUUCACCUGUUACAUUUGCAAGGUACAGCACAAAAGUUGUUCUGCUUUUUUUCAACAUUUGAAGUUCAGUCAUGCUUUGUACCCAGGACGCACAUUGCGUUUGAAAUGUGGCCAGAAUGGGUGUUCUUCUGUUUUUUACACAUUGUGGAUUCAAGAAACAUUUAUUGAGAGUACAUGGAGACUGUGUAGCUUCAAGUUCUGUUCAUCCUUUGGACAAUGUUGACAGUAAUGUUUGUGUUUCUUAUCCACUGCCAAGUGCAGUUUCUCUCGUCAGUUACCCAGCUCCUCUUGAAAAGAGAAAGUUACUGGAUAUGUGUAGCUCUAUUGUCGCUCAAGUAAAAGCAUCUGGAGUCUCUGAAAGUACUGUGCAGUCUUUAGUUGGUUCAAUGGAGGAAUUUGUAAAUGACAUCCAUGUCCAAGCACAGGACACUGUUCUUAAAUGUCUUUCAUCUGAGGUAACUGAACAAACUCUACAUAAAGUUAAAGAGUGUUUUGAGCAUCUUGAAAAUCCAUUUUCAUUCCUCAAUACUGAAACUAAGAGGCAAAGACAUUUUGAGAAAAAAUGGAAAAUCGUUGAACCAAAAGAGCAUGUUCUUGGUGUGCGUUAUGAUCUACGCAAGGAUAGAACUACUGGUGUAUACAGUCAAAUUCCUGUUAAUGACAAAUUUGUUUAUGUGCUAUUUUGGGAACUCUUGAGUCAAUGUUUACCAACCGGGAACUCAGCAACUGUUUCCAGCAAGUAAAGCAUCAUGAAGAUGGUAUUUUCAAAGACAUUAAUGAUGGUUCAUAUUUCAGAAAUCAUCCAUUAUUUUCACAGCAAGAACAUGCUCUUCAAAUUCAGCUUUAUUAUGAUGAUUUUGAAACGGCCAAUCCGCUAGGAUCUAAAAAGGGAAUUCACAAACUUGGCUGUGUUUACUUUAUUUUAAGAAAUUUGCCAAUGAAGCUGAAUUCAGUUUUGAUGAACAUUCAUCUUGUGGCGCUUUUUCAUUCAGAGGACUUGAAGAAGUAUGGUUUUGAUCCAAUCCUACAGCCUCUUGUUCAUGACUUAAAAGUUUUGGAGACACAGGGAAUCCAGGUGCCCUUUUCAGAUACACCAUUAAAGGGGUCUGUUAUUCAGGUUACUGGGGAUAAUUUAGCUAUGCAUGGACUUUUUGGUAUGGUUGAAUCGUUCAGUGCAACGUACUGUUGUCGAUUUUGUUUAACUGACAAAACCUGUUUGCAGUCAGUCUUUAGUGAGGAUGAUCCAGGCUUAAUUCUUCGCACAAAGGAGCUCUAUUCAGAACACUGCAAUGCCAUGGUACAAAAUCCCACUCUAGUUCACUCAUUUGGUGUUAAGAGAACCUGUCCCCUAAAUGCACUGCAAUUCUUUCAUUCCUCAGACAAUUAUGCAGUGGAUAUUAUGCACGACCUACUAGAAGGUGUAGUACAGUAUGAGUUAAAGCUUCUUUUUCAGUAUUUGGUGAAGGACUUCAUUUCUUUAAAUGCCCUCUCUCAAAGGAUUCAGAGCUUUAACUAUGGAUACAGUGAGAGAAAGAACAGACCCAGUGGAGUCAAAGUUAAUGAUGAUAGCAAUGACCUCGGGCUCAAUGCCAUCCAGUCUUGGUGCCUCCUGCGAAAUACUCCCUUGAUUUUUGGAGACCUAGUUGACCAGAAUAACAGUUAUUGGAAUGUGAUAAUGCUUUUGAUUCAGAUCGUCAACAUUGUAUUCUCACCAAAAAUAACAGAUGGUAUGACUUAUUAUUUGAAGCACCUCAUUUCUGACCAUCACAAACUUUUUAAGUUGGUGUUUACAGAUAAGAGGCUCAUCCCAAAGCAUCAUCUGAUGAUACACUACCCCAGAUGUAUUAGGAAAAUAGGUCCACUUAUACACAUGUGGUGUAUGCGGUUCGAAGGCAAGCACAACUUCUUCAAGAAGUCGGUGAAGAAUUUAAAAAACUUAACCAAAACAUUAGUCAAGAAACAUCAGCAUCAGUUGGCUUUUCAUUGGGAGAAUUUUUAUUUCAAAAGAUUACAGUUUGGUCCUGUUCAACAUGUCUCAACUAGUGAUCUGGAGGGCAGUGUGGUCUUGAGGUCUUGUCAAACUUUGAAUGUGUCUAUUGUCUCCACUACUUCCUGGGUGAAAAUCCAUGGAACGGAGUACCAGAUUGGAAUGUUUGUCUGUACAAGUGUUGAAAAUGAAAUGCCUACUUUUGAUAAGAUUAUCAAUAUCAUUAUCAAAGAUGAUGAAGUGUUUCUUUUGGCCACUAAAGUUAUCACCAUGCAUUUCGAUGAUCAUCUGAAUGCAUUCAUCAUUGAGGAGGUGGAUGAUGUAUUCAGUGUAAUUUGUGUGGCUGAUCUGAUAUAUUACAGACCUUAUGACAGGCAGUUUUCACCUGAAAAUGAUGAAAGAAUGUAUAUUGUGCCCUACUGCAGUUUUGUCUGAAAUGUGCAUUGAAUUGUCAAAAUGGAUUCAAUACAAAGGUCAUUUUCUCUAAGA